UAUCAAUUCAAGGUCAAAAGUUGAAGGGCAAACAUGAAGGCGAACAUGACCGAAAAACGAUCCCGAGUUAGAGCUCAACAAUAAACAAAAAGUUCUGGAAAAAAAAAGAAAAAUUUGAAAGAGAAUUUCCCAAAGGCACUAGCAACGGGCGAUAGUUGUAAAAAUUUGUAGAAAAUUGAAAUACUGAAUUGAACCGAUAGGUUAGGAAAACUACUGAGCGCCUAGUAACGCCUGCCAUUAAUUCCUCCCACAAGUGUCAACAAUCAAUUUUCACGUUGUGGAUUGUAAUUAUCACUUGAAUUAGGAUUUUUUAGUUAUGAUUGUAAGAAGUGAAUCAUGAUGCCAAUUACAGCUGAUCACAAACCUCACCUUCUGUUUUUGGCAGAACAACCUGUUCAAGUGCUUCAGGAUUUCUGUAAAUUAGUCAUCGAUUACUUACAGAAGGGACCGAAUUUGAAAUUGUAUACAGCAGCAGCUCAAAAACUCGAAGUCGAUGCAAAAGUCAUUCAAAAUUCAGUGGAGGGACUCGUGCAUUUACUGAUAGAAUGCACAAAAAACAAGUUACCCUUAGAGGAAUUCCAGAAGCUGACACUCGACGUGGGGUUUACAGACGACAAACAAUCCCUCCUGUCUUCACUCUACACUGAGAAAGAACUGGAAUUACAGCAAGCAUUAUCUCAGAUUGGUUUUGCCAUACCACAGUAUCAUAAUUUGGAGUGGAGGUUUGAAGUGCAGAUUGCAUCCAGAUCCUUGCUGCAUCAAGUGGUUCCAUCACUGGUGAUGGACUUCACCCUGAAGAAUCCGAAUAAAUCAUCUGCUGAAGAGCACGUCGUCCUCCAGUCAGACCCAAGAAAUCUCCUGCAUCUAACUCAGGAGCUAGAGGCUGCCAUACAAGAGGGUCGCAGCCAACACAUUCGUAAAAUAAAGAGAAUAAUCAAAUGAUUGAAAUAAUUUCUGUACAAUGAAAAUCAAGUUCUCACAACAAUAUCUUCGAAACCAAGAGAGAUAACUACUAGAUAUCCCUCUUCCCUUCUCACAUCCCUACGAAAUUCAAAUUCAAUUCAAUUGAAUUUUAAUUUUAAUUUAAUCACCAUUCUGAUUGAUGUAAGCAAUAAAAGAAACCCCGAAAGAAA